AUGAAUCUAGAAAAUGAUAACCCGAAUGCUGGUGCUGGACCAGUACCACCUGUUCCUGGUAAUAUUACUUUGACUGCUGAUCAGUUCGCACAGCUGUUACAAGGUUUGCGACAGCCACCAGUUGUGGAAGUCCCACCAAUGAUAGCUCAGAUAACGUUGAUGCGUUUAUUGAUGCUAUUACGGUAUAUAAGAACUGCCUUAACGUUUCGGACGCGAAUGGUCUUCUUGGAUUACCGAUGUUAUUGGACGGACCGGCAGCUACUUAUUGGCAAGGAGCGAAAAGUUCGAGAAGGACCCGUCACAGUACGUCCCACAUGUCGUUANGGUGGUAUUUUUGUGAAUGGUCGUCCACUACCAAACGCUGUCAGACUUCGAAUAGUUGAACUAUCCCAGGUGGGUAUCCGGCCGUGCGAUAUAUCCAGACAACUCCGGGUGUCUCACGGAUGUGUCUCAAAAAUCCUCGCUCGAUACCACGAAACAGGGUCAAUUCUUCCUGGCGCCAUCGGUGGAUCUAAACCCCGCGUUACAACCCCCAAGGUGGUAGCCUUUAUCAAGGAAUUAAAACAAAAAGAUCCAGGCAUUUUUGCCUGGGAAAUACGAGACAAGCUCCUAGCAGAAGCAGUUUGCGACAAAUACAACGUUCCGUCCGUGAGUUCCAUUAGCAGAAUUCUUAGGAACAAGAUUGGGACAUUGUCACAUCACUCUUAUCACCCCUAUUACAAAAGCGUCUACUCGUCAUACAAUUAUCCGAAUCAGAAAGUUCAAAGGUCGCAAACACAAAGGCCGAGUCCUGUUUCGUGGCCUAGCUCUCACAGUGUAACCGAUAUUUUGGCCGGAGUCCACGCGGCUGCAUUUAAGCCUCCACCAUCAUCGCCGUCGAUGGCUCUUCCUUCAGGACCUUCUCCUACAGGAUCCGACCACAGCGCUCAAAAUUAUAACUAUUACAUGUACCUUCAAUCGAGUAACACGGAAACGAUGUACAUGAUGAAUUCGGGAAUGAGUCACCCACCACUCCAUGCACCCGGAUCUCAUUUUUGAGUGAAAAUGCGUUCGGUGGAAUUCGGCAAGUUAUAGACUUUUUGACGUAACGCAUAAGUGCUUCUGUGAUACGCGCACAAUACAGUGACUUUAAUUAUAAAACUAUAGAAUCUUACUUUUAAUAAAAAAAAACGUUGAUGGUAAGUGACUUAAGAGCAUCAAAGUGGGUUCACGUAACAUAAAUUAAGCCAAAAAACAGUGUAUCCCGCAGAAUGAAGCAAAAAUACUUAUAUUUUAACAUAUGUGUAAAUCCCUACGUUAACACCAAAUUUAUUAUUUAAUUGUUAAAGUAGUUAUCGCUACUGGUCACCCAAAACCCCCUGGAAUAAUUAGGAGUGCGGAGUUUAAUCCCUUCAUUUAUCGAGCACCUGAUAAUACGAGACACAUAAGUAUAAUAUGUUUAUAUUUUGAAGAUUUACAAUGCAUUCUACAUAUAUACAUACUAACAUACAUAGUUAUAUACAUCCCUGUGCCUUCAAAUCGGAAACAAUUAUAAUAUAGUGUAAAAAUAAGCAUUAAAAUUGUAACUGUAUGGUGCUAUUUAAAAUUUUAGUGCCUUAAGAUGAACGAGCAAUAUUUAUUUUAUUUUAGUAGAUAAUGAACGCUUAUGAAUAAUAUAAGAAGUACAACAAUUAGGUAGGUUCAAUAAGAAUUUAUGAACUAAGCAGUAACAAAAUGAUUUGUAAGGGUGAAUAAUAAAAUUACUUGUUAAAAAGCA